GGUCGAAAAAGAAAACGGUUUGACAGCUCGUCAGGCGGCUAACCAGUCAGCGGAGAGAGAGAGCUUCCUGCAUAUAGUUUUGUUUUUUGGGUUGUUGGCCUGGUUCUUGCCAUUCCGUCGAUUCCAAUCCAAUCAUGACAUCCACCCUGGACGAAAGUAAUAAGGAAAAGUUGCGCUCUGUGUCUGUGGAUCUAAACCAUGAUGCCUCUCUUCUCAUUGACAUUCCCGAUGCGCUUUGUGAAAGGGACAAAGUCAAGUUUACUGUCCAUACAAAGACCACACUGAGCUCUUUCCAGAAGCCAGAGUUUUCCGUUCCCAGGCAGCAUGAAGACUUCAUCUGGCUGCAUGACACUCUGGUUGAGACGGAGGACUAUGCUGGACUAAUAAUUCCUCCAGCACCCCCGAAGCCCGACUUUGAGAGCCCAAGAGAGAAGAUGCACAAACUGGGGGAAGGUGAAGCCACCAUGACCAAGGAUGAGUACACUAAAAUGAAGCAGGAGCUCGAGGCUGAAUACCUGGCUGUCUUCAAGAAAACUGUCCAAGUGCACGAAGUCUUCCUGCAAAGACUGUCCUCUCACCCCAUUUUAAGCAAAGACAGAAACUUCCAGAUUUUCUUAGAGUAUGACCAGGAUCUCACUGUGAGAAGAAAGAAUGCCAAGGAAAUGUUUGGAGGGUUCUUUAAAAACAUGGUAAAGACAGCUGAUGAGGUCCUUAUCUCAGGAAUAAAGGAAGUCGAUGACUUUUUUGAGCAGGAGAAGACAUUCCUGCUCGACUACUACAGCAAGAUAAAGGAUUCCACUGCUAAAGCAGAGAAAAUGACCCGUGCACACAAAAAUAUUGCGGAUGAUUACAUUCACGUCUCAGCCACUCUGAGCAGUAUCUCUGCUGAUGACAGCACAGCAAAUAAGAAGCACCUGGAGAAGCUGUCAGACCUGUUCGAGAAGCUCAGAAAAGUGGAGGGAAGAGUAGCAUCUGACCAGGAGCUGAAGCUCACAGAGCUGCUGAGAUACUACAUGAGAGACAUCCAGGCUGCCAAAGACCUUCUGUACAGGCGAGCCCGGGCGUUAGCAGACUAUGAGAACUCUAACAAGGCUCUGGAUAAGGCUCGACUGAAGAGCAAGGACAUCCCUCAGGCAGAGGAGCACCAGCAACACUGCCUGCAGAAAUUUGACAAGCUCUCAGAGUCUGGGAAGAAAGAACUCACCAGUUUCAAGGGCAGGCGUGUCGUGGCCUUCAGGAAGAACCUCAUAGAGAUGGCUGAGCUUGAGAUAAAACAUGCCAAGAACAAUGUGACUCUAUUGCAGGGAUGUAUUGAUCAGCUCAAGAACAACUGACAUGUUUUCCAGUAUUCCUGUCCUACCAUCACCAAGUGACCAGUCAUAGCAAAUGGAAACCUGGCAUCCCCGGGGCCUCGCAUGGACACGAAUCUAAGCCCUAUCUCUGCUCCCACCCAUGGGUCGGAUGCCACUUUAAAAGUCUGCACGAGACCAAGUGUGUCGUAAGCAGAGUGUCUUCAUGUUUACAGAAUCCUUUUCCUCUGGUCCCUGACCCAUCCUGUUCCAUUAUUUAUGGAGGCCUCACUGAAUGGGAAUGCCUCCACAGAAUGAGGUUGCCAACAUUAAGGUCUUCCAUUACUCUGCAGCACCAAUACAGCUUUUUUACUUUAUUUCUUGAUUUGGUUUUUUGUUUGUUUUUUUUUGUUAUGUUAUGCACAUACUAAAAAAAAUGCCUUUUUGAUCAUAUUUUUACCAUAUUCCAUAAAUUCUGACUCUAACCUCCUCUCAUGUACACUUCGAAAUACCUACUCUGAAAGGCUUCGAGAAUGUUUUUCCUCACUGCCAUAAAAACUACAUUUUAUGUUCCAUACGCUCAAUCUGUUGAGGCUUAUUUUUUUUUUUUUGCUUAUGGAGCAGCUUCACAGAAGCAAAACGAGUGCCUGGAAAAAACAUUGUCAGGCUCUGACACUAGAGUACAAUCAGACUGACCCUUUUUUACUGUAAGCAAACUAAUGACUGACUUAAAAGAUGAGACCGAUCAUCUUCAAGUGUUUUAAAAAUAGCUGCACUUCACCUCAGGAAUGGAUAGCUGGAUUGGCCCCCAAUUUUGGUUUGCGAGUAGUAGGCUCAGAUCCCACAGUCAUCAGAAACACACAGAAGUUUUGCAACAGCAGAUGAAUCAUUGAAGAUUUCAGCAAGAGGUUGGUGAGAAUAAGUUCAAAACAUUUUUUUUUCAUGAAAUAAAAAUCAACGUUAGUAAUUAUGUCUAGUUUAAUUUGCACUCCUAAUUCCCCUGCACAACAUGUAUCAUGUCUUCUGUAGCUUCUUCAUCCCAGCCACCUCUACCCAGUCUCUCAUUCUCAUUGUGUAAUAUUUGUGUUUUUCUUUUAUUUUUGCCCCUUAUUAAUGUCCCUUUGUUACUGAUGGGGUCUCAUGUAUCAGACCUGAUAUAUGUACAAGAUCUUCUAAACACCUUGUUUAUUUUAAACAGUUAUUAAAAGAAAAAAAAGAUGCACUAAGAAGAUGAAAACUACUUUACAAUCACAACCAGGCUAAGUGGAGUGUUAAAAUGCAUUAUAGUUUUUUAAAGAAAUUGAAUGUAUUUCUAAUGGAUUCCAACUGUGUGAAUUCCUUCACAUGAUGCUUUUCUUACAGAACAUUAGCAUUUUAUAAAUUUGUAAUAAUGGCAUUGAAUAAAUCCAACUUUCCCAAGAUU